UGCUGUGAAGCCGUGUUCCUGGUGUGGGCAUGGGGCCACUGGGGCCAUCCGGUGAUCGGCGCCCUCCGAGCCGCAGGGAUCGACUUUCUCCCCGCCACCACCACGCGGUGCCAUGUUGUGCCUGAAUCUCCCCUUGCGCUUCGGCGCGGGCCCGUUCGAGGGGGAUCGCCUAGUUUCUACGUGUGCAUGCGGCCAUCCCACGCGGCCAUCCUCCCGCUAUUUGCAAUUUCGACUUGGCCCUUCCUAUAGCGGUAUGGACAUUGUCGUCAACGCGGCCCCACGACGCAGGCCUGGGAGAAGAUGAUAAGGAGAUGGGCCUGGCUCCCUACGAAGCACGCCGAGUCCUUUUU